ACAAGAACUUAAAACAUUAGAGAGGAUGAAUCAGGACAUUGCUUGGGCCCACCCCUCAUUGUUCACUGCAUCAUAUCCGCCGCAGAAGACACACGACUCUCUCAUAGCUAUUACAUUACUCUCCCCUGAUGUUUUUCAAUCACAAGUUCAUUCUAUUAUCACAUUUGACUCCCUCCCGAUUGGCGCCAUAAUAUCGAUCAUCCUUGUCAUGAUAGUCACCGUCAACGCUCUUUUCCAUCAAGCCACCAUCUCGUCAUCAUAAUAAUUAUGACGGUUCCUCUCAGGCAGAUUACAAGGGUCCCCCAGCUGCUAACAGAAAAAGACUACUCUGAGCCGACCGCGCGAGAUCUGUACCUAGUCGGAACCAUGUCUGCAGAAAGUGUCAAUCCUGAUGACGGAUGAACGUACAAUCAUGUAAUUCCCGCGGUUCGUGAAAGAGAUUGGCGAUCAAUCAAUGAAUGAAGGCAACGUGGGUACACAAUUUGUGAGGCAUCCACAGUACGCUGCGCAGUCAUGGAGAAGAGGAGAGGAGAUACAGGGCCCUCACGACCACUUCUCCCUUACCUGGGGGUCCCAAUAUCCCGAAGGAGGCUUCUCGGCACCACUGCCCGCUGUGAGAUGACUUGCUAAAGAUCGCCAAUAGAUCAUGCUCAAGUCCUAUGGACGCAGCCCACAGCGCAAGCGUGAGCUCAGGGUGAGACUGUCCUUCUGUCUAUGCCCUGACCUAAGCAUGCAGGAGAGAAAAAAACGGAGAUGAGGAAGCAAAGGAAAGAGUCUCCACCGUGGAAAGGGACCUUACUUCAUAUGGGUGGGGGCGCUCACCUUUUCCUAGGGGGUUCCUAGGGGGUCCUGUGUGUGAUUGAAAGCUGCUGCGAAUCGAUUCUGAAAAUGUCACACCUUUGAACAUGUCUUACCUCCAUCCAAAAGUCGUUAUUGACGCAUUUUACUUAUUCCUUAAAUAAUUAAUUAUCCGAGUUACUGCAAAAUAUUCGACAAAGCAAUCAGCGAGAGACAAGCCCCGUUGGCUGGCAUCUGAGUCGGGUGGGCCUAACUCAAAACAUUCUCCAAGCGAUAGCUUCCAGGUUUCCAAACACAGAAAAAAGAAAGAAACACCGUGAAACUCCUCGUCAAAAAACCCGGAACUAUCAAAAGCUUCGGUCAAAGCCCGUCAUCAGCGGAAAGAACUCUUCUAGUCCGUCGGUGGUAUACUGGACUGGCACACAGAUCAAUGUCGUUGGUCACGCAUGUUAUACAUCGUACACACCACUGCCUGGAGUUGCAUAAUCCAGCUGUCAGAGCUCAUAAGCAUCAGAUCGUCAAAUGUCAUAUCCUGCCGACGCGCAACCACAACAUCUCAGGAGAAUGAAUGAUCCAUGAUCCUUCCCUGAUAAUACAUAGUACCCUCAGCAUACCCUCAGCUGGCAGAGAUCAACGUUGUGCGUCAUGCAUUUCAUACCGUACAGCACACAAUCCUGCUGUCAGAGCUCAUAAAUCGUCACCAGAUGUCAUGUCCUGCCAACGCUCGACCAGUUCACCAUCUCAGAAGAAUGUCGACCUACCCUUUCCCGAAAAUAUUGUCCAGUCCGUCGCAACAGCGUGUAUAGUCGACUACACACUUCUUCACACUUCAGAUGCCUCUUGGUUUGCCUUCCACUCGCCUCUCAUGUCGUCACCUUAUCCCUCCUUCCCCCCCCUCCCUUCCUCUGUCGACGUCCUCUGGACCGAAUUUUGCCUUGGAAAACAAACAGGUAGGAGGGAUUCAUACGUGAAUUGUAGGAAAUCGUGGCAAUUCAUCCGUCGUUGCCACUUGGUUUGCCUUCAACAGAUCUGUCUCAUCAUGAGAAUCAAAAGAGAUAUGACUGGACUGGAUUGAGUUCCAGUGGUCGUCGGUCGAUGCGGUGACCUGGCCGAAGCCAGCGGGCGUGUGCGGUGGGCAGAACGCACGACCACUAGAGAACAGCCACCGGCCACCAACAGAACAGAGGCAUUCUGCCAGAGGCGGCAGCAGUCGAAAGACUCGAAAGGAACUUUCUACGUCUCAGCCCGCCAGGUCGACCUGGCAUCACGGAGUGUCAAAAGAGGUCACCACUUCAGCAGUGGGACGCACAAUGCUCGAGAUACUAAAUUACUAGGACACUGAACGAGGGCAAAAGUACAGAAAUUGAGGCAUACUACUCUACCAGGACGGAUGCUAAGCUAGGGGAGUAGAUUAUAGGCUGGUAAAGACGGUCAACCCUGCGAGGAGAAAUCCGAGCAGGGCUUUGAAGGAAGAAUAAAGAUACAAUUAAGGCUUCGGCAAUCUCCAUAAAGUCUCGCCUCUGGCUAUUUGUCUACCUAGUAGUACCUACGGCAGGAAGCUGGUCAUUCGACCAUCUUCAAGGCAGGCCAGCCGGUCACUUACGAUACGGUAACUCGGAAAAGUUAUCUUCGUAGAAUAUCCUACCCCUAAGGUGGUGGUCGAAUUGGGUCCUCUCCUGUCAUAUCCUUUUUUCUCUGCACCGAGGAACGCCAACCAACAAAUCAAAAGGCAGUGCACUGCAUAAUCCUUGUGUCUAUUUCUGCUGACCACUUACUCUCAGGCCUUCCCUACGUCAGAGCAAUCACACUAUACGAGCAAAAAAGAAUGGUCAAUUCUAUAUUGUCACAACUGGAGUAGUGUACACUCAGCUGCCUCCGAGAACUCCGAAACACUGCAGCAACAGUUCCCACGGGUGAAAAAACAAUCUCUCCCUCUCUCUCUCUCUCUCUGCACGUGCAGCUUUUUCCCCCACCUUCUGGCCUGUCUCCUGCCUGUGUCUUCGGCUGUGCAUACUCAAGCUCGAGGAGGAAGAAACUUGCCAUCUCAGCAUCUUUGAAGCAGGAGUUGAAAUGAGCGGAGAAAGAAGAGGAGAGAUGGCCCGUUCGGUCAGUUCAAGUAGGCAACGUCUGUUUGACAUGAACUCCGACGGAGGGCACUAUCUGAGCACAAAUACAGUUACUUUAGAAUACACGAUCACGGAGCAGGCAAAAAAGGGGGACAAAUCGAGUCAAUCUAAUCUGACAGCCUAGUAAGAGAAAACGACAACUCAUACUCCACGCCUCCAGGAACCUAGUAGCUGCAUAUUGCAAUGCUGGCGUCUAUUACUAACUGCUACGGAGGUGCUUUUUUUUGAGUUUUUUCCCCUAUCGAAGGCGGACAAGAGUGGACCCAGAGCAGGGGAGCCGUCAAAAGGGGGUAUCUUCCGACAUAUCAAAGCACAUAGCAUAUUGGUACAGAGCAAAAAGAAGCGCAGUAAAGUACAACGAACUAC